GUGUCUGAACUCCCACACAAAGGAAAGGAACCAAAACAAAGACAGGAACUGGAAGACCUCAAAUAUCUACCGCGCGCGGCUCCGCUCCGAACGCGAGCUUUGCUAAGUCAUUAAAAACCGCUUCCGCUGAGAAAAGGGAACGAGUACCAUUAGGGAGGCAGUAAAGACCGCUUUAAAUAAGACCGCAUGCGCAUCCGAGGGGUCUUUCUCGGGCGCGCGUCGCAGCUCGCGCAGGGGGGCGGCCGUGCGGCGCGGCGAUGAACGGGACGGGGCGCGGCGCGGCGGACUGUCCGCUGGAGGGUCUCCCCGCGCUGCCCAAAGGCCUGAGCGGGAUCCUCAACUCCAGCGGCGGGUCGUGGCGGGACAUCGAGAAGGUGCACAGCAAGAGAGCGCGCAUCCAGGCCGACAUCAGCCGGGGCGGCGGAGAGGCGCCGCGCGUUCGCGGCAGAGGCGGCGGACUGGACGCCGCCCUGGCGCUGCUGCGGAAAGAGAUGGUCGGCCUGCGUCAGCUCGACAUGUCUCUGUUGUGCCAGCUGUGGUCUCUCCACGAGGACAUCCAGGAGUUCAAGGGCUAUUCGCUCCUGUCCGGGACCUCGCUCAGUGCUGAUAACGCAUCCGAGGAGGAGGAGGAGGAGGAGGAGGAGGAGGAGGAGACGGGAAUUCCCUCACAGCCUGCGUCCACUUUGUCCUUGUCUCUGCCUUCGCCCAGCAGCAACUCCAGGGACCAGUGGAUCAAAGACUCCUUUCAUAUUCCCUGAUGUAGAUACGCACGCACAAACACAGGUCACUGGGAUUUUUACUUUCAAUUAAUGCUGUUCGGCAGCAUUUCCACUGGUUUGAAUACCAUUGUUCCUCUGUCCAGGUUGCGAAGCGGUCAAAUGACACAACAGCUCUGGUUGUUCGGACUUUUUAUUGUUGUUUAUUGGAAUAAACCUGAGCGUUAAAUGCUGACUGAUCAUCUCCCUGCAUUGUGAAACAUUUUAGGAAAUCUUGUGUUUUCUGCCAUUCAGUGUCUUGACUAAAGUGCCUUGACAUGUCAGUCUGUAUGAGCAUUUGGCCCAGUAUGCACAUUUUUCCAAAAUAUAUACAUCGUUUAAAAAAAAAUCAUGUAUUGUUCUCCAACACACGUAAUUUUUCAUUAACAGCUAUAAAUAAGAUUACACUGUAUGUCUUAAAAAUCACCUUGGCUGCUGUAACCUCUCUUUUACGUUGGAUGUGCUUUAGGGAACACACUCUUGGUUGAAUACAGAUGUGUUUUUUUGACAUAAUACAUUUUGCUUUAUAAACCGACAGAACUCAUAACAAGUCUGAAUAAAAAUAAGACAAAUCUUUGACAAAAAGCCACUUUGGAUGAAUUCCGCUUGUGUGAAAGCAUGCUAAACUGUAAUUAAAUUCUCAUUAAUAAUCUCC